GCCCUCAAGUCCAUGUAUCAUACGUUAAGCAGGACGUGUAACAUAGUAGAUUGCUGUUCUGGAGUUAGGUCGUGCAACCAGUUUGUAUUCCCCUGCAUCAGAUGCUGUUCCUAUGGCAACAGAAGAGUAUUUUACAAUUACGACGGAACGGAAACGGUACAACCUCUUGUCGAUUACUUCAGACCUACCAACAAACUCUCCAGGACAAAUCUUGUUAAAGGCAUGUCGUUACCGAAGGAGCGUUUGAGAAUAGGUCUAACAGCAGUAGAACAAAUUGCUGAAGUGGUGAGGUACGCAUACGACAACGACCUCAGGUUACGGGCAGUCGGAUCGGGAGCAUCUUGGUCUAAGCUCACCAACGUUCGAGAUAUCCUUAUUGAUAUGAGGGAUCUGACGCGGAUAGUCCGAGCCAAACCUCAGAACGACGAAGGAACCAUCUAUCACAUCGAGGUCCAAGGUGGCAAGAUCUUACACGACCUCGUCAGGGAGAUCGACUCCAAAUACGGCAUGAGCUUACCGUGCAUGGGAAACUAUGCAGGUCAGACUAUUGCAGGAAUCAUCAGUACUUCAACACAUGGUACCGGCCAGGACUACCCAACCAUGUCAAAUUUCGUCAUUGAGGUCCACAUGGUUGUCGCCAGGGGGAUCCAGAUCAAGGUCAGAUUACCGAAGAAUGGCGAAGCAGAAGAAGACUUCGAAUCGGUGAGGCGGCGGGUCGAAGCUGCAAAGUUUGGCGAUCCGCCACUGGAGAUCCAAAGUACAGAGGUAUUCCGAGCGGUUGCCGUCGGUUUCGGUUCGUUAGGCGUCAUCUAUUCCGUUACACUCGAGUGCAUACCAGUUUUCAACAUCGCCGAAACUCGGCAUUACAUUGACAUUGAGUGGCCGGAGAAAACCGAGGAAUUCCGAAUUCCCGAAGAGCUUCGUGUGCUUUCGGAAGGACAUGGGAAGUUCUUUUCUUUUUUCGUGAACCCAUUCCCAAGGGACGGUGAUAAGAGUGAAAAUGGCAACAGGACGCUAAAAGCGGUGUAUUUGUCAGGAGAAAAGACUCUGGAAACAGGGACGUGUCAGUGUAAUAUGUGUAUGGAUAUGCAGUGCUUCACGUGUACGGGGUGCCGAGGACAAAGUGCGUGUCAGAUUGUGCAGACGGAUUGUUCAGCGAGCUGUUUUCAAAUGAUCACUCGGUUUCUGCCCUGCAGUUUGGCGUAUUUUGCUGACUGUGGCCUACAGCAGUUUGCAAGGGGGAAGAUCUAUAUCCAGAGGUGGUACAACGUGCUCACAUUCACCAAUGGCAAUAUCCAUGUGAAGACAGCGGAGUACUGCGUCCCUCUCUCGAACUUAGAUGGCGCCCUUCACGAUAUCCUCAAGAUAAUGCAGCAGUAUGGCGAGAUGUUCGGUUCGUACACGCUGCUUCCGGUCUAUGUACGAAUGGUCAAGGCGGAUGAUCUGUACCUUAGUCCCGCAAACAGAAAGAAGAUGGAUGGUUCUACGUCAGAUCGAUUCUGUUUCAUCGAGGUCCCUUUCUUACCAGGAGCCUAUGGUAUAGAUGAGUUUCACAAGAAGAUUGAGGAUCAUCUCUAUACACAUUAUAAGGCCCGUCCACACUGGAGUAAGAACAACUUCCUAAACCAUAAGAGAGUGCAGCAACUCUACCCCGAACUCGAGAAAUGGAAACAGGUCUAUCUACUGUUCAACCGAGAUGGGACAUUCGACAACGAGUUCACCAGGAAAUGUGGUUUUGAGGAUUUCCACGCAACGGACGAUGAAAUCGUGAACGACCACGUGGUGAGAGGUGGACAUGGAAAGCCUUGCGUCUGCCAGAGGUUAGGCGCUCGGGUAAAUACGAGAGACGCUAACGUCGACAAUGAAUCGCGGGAUGGUGGUAAGGACUCGAGUUCGGAUCUCAGUUCGGAAGCCGGAAGUAGGACAGUAGAAGUUGUGGUCGAGGGUGAUAGGACAGACUUAUGGGUGAGGAGAGACUCGGGGAGACAUGUAAGUCCGUGUUCAUGCGACGACUCCAUGCUGGGAAUCCCCAUGGGCAAGUCGGUAGCAAUAGUGCAUCAACCCAGCAGAUCGUCGCUAACACCUUUCUUCGCCGAAAGAACUCCGCUUGCAUCUGACACUAAGGAGGUCGUCGAGAGCGCAGCGCGGCACGGGUGCGGUGCCGCGACGCAGCGGGGAAGUGACACAUACCCCCACCCCUUGCCCACGGUGAUAUCCACCACGGUUUGAAAGAAAAUACCCAAAAGGGAAAGGACACUCUUUCGCUCACAGUUUGUUCUUGGACGCAAUACCAAACGAUCGGUUUGUCCCAUUUUUUUUGUUUAAAAUUGUGGUUGGGACGCGAAUUCCAAAACAGUUCAAGUAUAGACAUAACAAGAAUUCAGCAAGGCAUUGAGAAAAUAAUUACUGCAAGGUGCCAUGGAGUCUUCAAGAUCUGAGUCAACUGCAUAUAUUAGUCUUUACCCCCGGUCUUUACCGCAAGAUAUCUUCCUCGUCAACCACUAGAUCGCUUGGGUAAUGGAUAGCUUGAUGUGUUAAUUGACACUGCUACAUCACUUGAGAAAACUUAGGAAGAGAAGUGGUGUUUACAUGGGGACCAAUGAACAUUGGUUUGCUGCCAGGAGUUCACGCUGCUUCUAGUUUGACCCCUAAAGGAACGACGGGUCAAGAUGCGGUUAGUCUCUCUUACCAGGGGUUAUGAAUCAUUUAAAAAGUUUUUUUGUUAAUACCAUACUGUCAGUCACUAAAAACAUAAGUGUUUACUUUUUCAAUGGGAUAAUUGAGGCAUCUUCAUACAAUUUCAUAAAGAAAGUGGUGUUUUACGGCCAUGUAAGAAACAAUUCAAAAUUAUAGAUCCAUGGUGAAAUGCAUUUCAAAUAUUCGUUUAGCCAAUUAUAACAUUUCAAACUCAUUGUUAUUAUGUUCUGGGAGCUUUGAAACCAAGUUAAUCUCAACAUCACGGUGAUAUUAAUAAGUAGAUGAAUAAAAUAUGGAUAAUUUUUUAAAUUUUGGCUUCUGUAUGUUUUACUCUUUGUCAGGAAACUAUGAUCUGCAUGAUUAGUGAUCUGCAAAAUGAAAGAGUCGAUGAUGACACACAUUCAUUACUUUUUCAGAUACAAUGUAUCAUUUAUUCAGUUUCUUAGUAUUUUUAUUAGUACUUUAUGAGAAUAAGCUACUGUAUUACAAUAAAGUUGUUCUCAUAAUAUAAUGACAUUAUACUCAACAUUCUCUGGAGGGGAGUCAAAACAUGAUUAACUUUAUCGGAAAAUGUAAACAUUUAAACUGUUUUGGAAAGAAAAAAUCAUCGGAUCCCUUUCUGAAACUUUCAAUGUAAAAACGUGGAAAUUUCAUGACUUUUUUAUUUUACGUACAAUGUUGAUUGAGUUUUCAAAAUCAGGCCUGUUUAUUUCACCCUUUUUUCAAUGAACUUUGUAUUGGGGAGGCUGGAUCUUAACUAUUAAUUUAUAUAAAAGAUAUUAUCAUUGAGGUAUUAUAUUAAUCAGUUUAUUGUCAUAGUUGACAUGACUGGAAACAGAAAGACAUACAAAUCAUGGAAUCGUUGGUAAUUUUGGGGGAUCUGAUGUUAUUUUUGGAGAGCAGUU